ACUGAUCUGCUAACUGAGUAACUCUCAAAUAUAUUUCACGUGAUAUUUAAAACGUGAAUUUAACCCGGUGCGAAUAUAAUGUCAAAAAUAUCGCCGUGAUAGACAAAUCUUAGUUACAAUAGUGACCCUGGGUUAAUUUUCCUAUCAAAAAGAAAAUGGUAGAUUGAAGUGAACGGGUGUGUUGUUUGUUGACUUAUUGAUUGUGGUUCAAGUGACGCUAUUUUUAAAUAGACAUAGGUAAUAGUUAAAAAUUUAGCACGUACUUUCGGUGAAAAGACGGAUUUUGGCAUCAGAAGUCUGCCUUUGAGGUUUGUUGAGAGUGAGUUGAGGUGGCAUGGCGAGGUCGCCUGUUCACCACAGACUUCAUCCUCGGUCGCCACCGCCUGGCCACCACCACCCGCCACCGCGCGGCUCGUCUCCACCGCCAUACGCGCGCCCGCCACCACCUCACCGCCGUUUGUCCGUUUCUCCUAGUCGAAGGAGGCCCGCGGUUCGGGCGCCUGGUGAUGACGUACGACGCAGGAUAUCACCUCCUGCUAAGGAUGGUCGACGUGCCAUCCUGCCGCCGCCCAACGCGCAGACGCGGCGCCCCGGACCAUCGCAGCCACGGCUCUCCGACACCAACAGGAUGCCCGUGGCCUCCAUGAGGAUGCGUAUGGACGACUACGCGCCUCCUAAACCUCGGCGCAAUGAUCAGGCAGCUGCGAUCCCUCCUCUGAUGGAACAAGUGGUGGUGAAGGCGCGACGCGAGGCCUCCACGCGCACCAAAGACACUUUCUGGACCAAGAAGUUGCUUGAUGCUGAAGACCAAUACUCCAAGAGAGGCGACCGCUGGGCGCACUCUGGCUUCAAGGAGCUUUACCGCGACGAGCUUGGCUACGAACCUGAGCCUCCUGCCCGGCCCUCGCCUCCUGCCGAGGGGCAGAAGAGAGGGGACAGCAGACAGAGGGACAGACCCGUCCCUCGGGACCCUCGGGCUCAGCCUCGUGAUCCCCGUCGGGCCAGUCCCAGACCUCGCGACCCUCGCGCCAAACCCCACGACCCCCGCCAGUCCCCCGACCGUCCCCGUGACCCACGGACCGCCCCCAGACCCCCGAGGGACCCUCGCCGGCCUGGGGAGGCUGUACCCAGUCCCCGCAGAGCAACAAGAUCUCCACGUGGCCGUAAGAAGUCCCCUCAUCGCAGGCACCGCCGGCAUCGCUCUUACUCCGGCAGCUACUCGUCCGGUUCCUCGAGCAGCUCUAGCACGUCUUAUUCACGAUCACGAUCGUACUACUCCCGCUCAUCGUACUCCAGCACCGGCAGCUCCUCGUUCUCCAGUUCCUCCUCCAGCAGGAGUCGUUCAAGACGCCCUUCACAAGGCAAGAGAAAGCGAUCCCACUCCGGCUCGUACUCCAGUUCUGCGAGUCCUCCAAGGAUCAGGCCUCCUGUAGGAGAGCCCGUCAAGAAAGGAAGAGCGUUACCUGCGAACGUGUCCGAGGGAGUGAAAAAAGCAAGUGCUUUGCAGGAAACUACCAAAAAGGUCGUCACAAAAACAGUCAGUAAUGUUGUUACCACAAAAACCAAAAUACUUGCCUCUGUUCCAGGACAUUCGAAAAGCAGUCAUCGCGGCAAAGCUAAAAUGAGAAUAAAGACUGAUGAGGGCGAUUCUCGCAAGAAGCCAAGUUACCCACAACCAGAACCUGGUAUGGAAGGAGCAGUGGUGCCCACGGCCUACUACGGUGCGCCAGAAGCUGGUGAGGUCGCUGCGCGCAAUAGUAACGGCGGCACUGCCGCUGGUUCGUCUCUCAUAUCGUCUCCGACCAACAUAGCCCCCAGCUCCUCUGGAGUAGCCGCCGGGCCUCUACCCCAUCAUCAUCACCACCACCACCACUUGCCUAACCCGAAAAAAGGAGGUCCUCACAUGGCUGAUUUCUCUACUUCAGGUAACAGUGGUCCUAAUCAACCAGCUUCUCCUGUCGAUGACAGCGAUUCCUCGUCGUCGUCUGAAGAAGAAGAACUUCCCAGGAAGAUGACGCUGUCGGAGCGUUUCGGUAAACUGGCGCAGUUGAGCUCGCAACGACAGGAGUAUGAUGGCGUCAGGAUGAAAAUUGUACGGGAAGGCGGGCAGGACAAGAAAGUCUAUCUUGAAGCCGGGCUUGGCAGCAGGUCGCCUUCUCCCCUGCACCCCGGACACGAGCGUUGGCUGGCCGAGCACCAAACCGAGUACGCGGAAUAUCAACGGCGCUAUGGCGACAUCCGCUCCUGGGACCCUCACAGAGACUUGCCUCGUGAUCUUCCUCCUAACUGGGAAGACGUCGGCGUCCGCUAUCGAUACUACAAGCAGUCGGGAUAUUUCGGUGACCGCCACAUUACCCUGGAGGACUACCUCAAAUGGGAGGAUUGGUGGUACCAAUACAGGGAUUGGCUCAAGAAAUACGGGGACGCUGCUGCUGUUGAUGGCGUCGCUCGCCACGGCAAGAUGUCAGAUCUCGACUGGGACGCUUAUGACCGACCGCGUGGUGGACGUUGGCCAGCAGACACCCGCGAUCCAGGAAUUCCAGAAAGGAAGAGAAGGCGUUUCUAAAUACUUGAUCGCCUCACAACUCCCGAAUGGGCUUAUCAAUAAUGAAAUGAUAGAAGGAAUGUAAAAAUUUCAGUAAUCCGUUAUAUUAAGAGGCUACUUGUAGCUAUUUCUGCACGGCUUCGUAGUUAGGGCCCGGUGUCCGACUUGUAUUGGACUUUAUAUAUUCUCAUUUCUUCAAAAAAGAAACGAUUUCCGGUUUUGAAUUUCCACCAUUAUUUUAUCCGGCGAAUGUUGAAACUUGUGGGUUUUAACUGGAUUUUCUUGCCUAACAAUUAUAUUCCCCUUUUUACCUUUAAUGACGCUCUAAACUUUUACGACAAAUUUUUUUAAGCAUUCGAUCUUCACUGAUCUACUUUCAUUAUUAGGUGAUACAAUUUUUCAAUGCCUUCAUAAAUUGUAUAGUUCAUGAAGCUAAAGCUAAAUCAAAUUUUUUUCUCUUGAAUUAUCAACGCUACGUCGUUUGCAAUGUUUUUUUUUUAAUUCAGUGCAGUUUCAGUUACCUCGUUGAACUUGAGCAGUUAGUUCGUGGUAUCAUAUAAUUCCGUAUAAAAUUAUAGAAUUGACCUCUCUGUGUCGUUAGUAUUAUGUUCAAGUUCCUUACAGUGAUUACUUGAAUUCUGUCGAGUCGUUCCAAGAGGAUAUUAAUUGAGGUAAACUUUGAAGGCAAAUAGCAUUGUUCUGCUUGCAUCUUGAAUUCUAUUUUACUCUUCUUAUUGUGAAUCUCUUAGCUCGAUUUUGUUCGUAAUUUUAUACUGCUAGAAUUGCGAUAACAUUUGAAUUUCUUCAUUGCUUCUCGAUUCUCCCUUGACUUUCUAGAAUUAUAUUAAUAUUACUUAUGCGCCUAGAAAAAGCCUUGGUAAUAAUAUCUCCCAUCGCCAAUCUUUAAUUUCGAAUAAGGAGGUUGUAUAAAUCUGAAAACAUUAGUUACCGACAUUGCACUUUAACUUUUUACUGUUAAUCAUCAGCUUUUGUCGCGUAACUAUUCAACAAUUUUGUUUGCCUGUUCUUGCUCUUUGGAAUUGGUUAAUUGUUUGAUGUGCCAGCUUUGAAAUUUGGUAUUUAAUAAAUGAACACCGUCCAUAUAUAAGUGGUAUGCAGUAAUACCGUACGUCAAAAUUAUUAAAGAUUAAAGAGGAUGGAAGAGAGAUCAUCUUUGGUAGAUUGAAAAAAAGGAACUUUUUUUGUGAAUUCCUGGUAGGAAAGUGUUUGAGUUUGUGAGUAUUUGAGGAAGGUAUUUAAAGUGCAAUUUUCUUCAUGUAAAAGCUUGAUCUUUCAAAUUUAUUUUACUUUUCAUUGCAUGCUUCUGUUUCAUUGCUAACUAGGGAAGAGUAUAUCUUCCAAGAUUUUUCCCAUAACUUGUAAUAAUUGAAAUGCGGUAACGCGCCAUUCGUUUUUGUGAAUUACAGCCUAAUGUCUUAUCUAAGCUAAGAUUUAAUGUAUGUUUUAAUUCGUAUAUUGUUAUAGUUUUAAGUAAUUUUGUGAUUUUUGUGUUGACAUAGUUUUUACAGCUUGGUGCUCUAAUUUGCUAUUUUUCGAUUAAAGCUCCACAACUGCUACCUAAAGUUUUUUUUUACGUUACAUUGUACAGGUUUUGCGCCGCGUAGAAUUCUGUUUAAAAGAAUUUAUUUAUCACGCGGACGCUUAUUUACCAAAUGAAUUGGUUUUCAAUGUGUAUUCGUGAAUGUUGAAUAAAUUGUAAAUGUCAA